AUAAGGAUUCUGUUUUUAACUUUUUGACCCGAAAACUGAAUUAAAAAAAAAAAAACUUGUAGAUGCAUUGAUUUUAUCACGACCAAUUAAUUUUGUAAAUGGAAGGAAAGAUCGUUGGUGAAUAAAUGAUAAUCAAGCAUCACUAAUUAGUAAUUACUGGUAGGUGUGGAGUUGGUGGAAGAGAGCAGAGGAUGGAGAAGGUAAGAAAGGCUGCUGAGGCUUUGGUUGAGAAAACGAUGAAAGGGAAUGAUGCUUCACACGAUGCUGCUCAUGUUUGGAGAGUUCGUGACCUUGCUCUUUCACUUGCUUCUGAGGAAGGUCUCUCUUCUCAUCCCCAUUCCAUGGAAAUCGUAGAGCUUGCUGCACUGCUCCAUGAUAUUGCUGACUACAAAUACCUGAGGGAUCCAUCUGAGGAAAAAACUGUUCAAAAUUUUCUUGAGGAACAAGGAGUUGAGGAGAACAACAAAUCCAAAAUUUUGGAGAUCAUCAAAGAAAUGGGUUUCAAAGAGGAGGUGGCAGGACAAGGAAAUACUGAAUGGUCUCCAGAAUUUGGGGUUGUGCAAGAUGCUGAUAGACUUGAUGCUAUUGGUGCUAUAGGAAUUGCGCGUUGCUUCACCUUUGGUGGGAAUAAGAAGAGGAUGCUGCAUGAUCCUGCAAUUUUGCCAAGAUCUAAUUUAUCCAAGGAACAAUACAUGAACAAAGAGGAACAAACUUCAAUUAAUCAUUUUCAUGAGAAGCUUCUCAAGCUUAAAGAUAUGAUGAAAACCAAGGCUGGACAAAGGAGGGCUGAGAAAAGGCACAAGUUUAUGGAAGAGUUUGUGAAAGAGUUUUACGAUGAAUGGAACGGCUUAAUCUAAUAAGUUCUUGUUCUUGUCUUAAUGCAAUUUUGCACUUACAAGUUGCAUCCGGACUUGGUAAAAUUACAAAAAUGGAGCUUGAAUAAGCUAGUUCAAGAUGGUGGAAAUUUUUCACAUCUUGUAAGUUGCAAUUAGUAACCAAGUCAUUGCUCCAAGCAUAGUUUUUUCCACCAAACAAUUUUUGUUUUGGAAGCUAGACUAUAUUUAAUGUAAAUUGUUAUCUAUUUCAGUAAACAAAUGCUCUUGGUGUUGUAGUCUA